GAUAAAUUGUGACCGCCACAGGCAAUCAGUUAUAUAAACUGAGUGUCCGGAUUUAGAACUUUUUGACAAUAAGUCUAAGCUCAUGAGAUUUUAUACUCAAAAAUAAUGAUUUCGGGAUACAAACAAGUUAUUCUACUGUAUUUCCUCGCUAUUGUUUCAUCGACUUAUUCUGAUCGGUGCGGGCUCAACGAAAGAUGCGUCGAACGUACAAAGUGCACUGUGCUACACUCCCAGAAAAGUGGAGAUCAGACCACGAUGCAGCUUCCAAAGCAAUGUAGCCUUAGUAAAAAAAAACUGAAGGUGUGUUGUCCAGAACCAGCUUACCCCUACCCCCUACUGCCUGACUGGAACACUUGCGGAAUCAUGACCCCGAACAAGAUAUAUGGAGGUACUCUGACUGAUAUUGACGAGCAUCCUUGGAUGGCAUUGAUCAAAUAUCAAAACCCAGAUAAUGCUACGGAAACCGGCUUCCUGUGCGGUGGAGUGCUUAUCUCGUCCAGAUACGUGCUCACUGCGGCACAUUGCGUCACAUCGCGUUCGGAUUCCAAGCGUUUCAAAAUUACUGAAGUCCGCCUUGGCGAGUGGGAUAUUUCAAAAGAUACAGACUGCAUAUUCUAUAAAGAGGCUGACUGCAGCCUUCCAGUACAGAACGUGCAAGUCGAGGAGGUGAUAGCGCAUGAAGACUACGUUCCAGAUGAUGAGCACCAGCUUAACGACAUCGCGCUCUUAAGACUGUCAGAUAAUGUAACUUUCAAUGAUUUUGUAAAGCCCAUAUGCCUCCCUACGAACGCGUCGCUUCGCGCUACGGAAAAAUGGUUAUGGAAUCAAUCUUUGGAGGUGGCGGGGUGGGGCGAAACAGGAACCAUAAAGGAUACUGGUGCUUUGAAUAAUGUCGCAACGGAGAAGAAGGAGAAAGUGGACCUGUCUGUAUUCAAUAAAAAAGUUUGCAAACGACGGUAUGCGCUCGCCGGGCGUCAAAUAACGAACAAGCAACUUUGCGCGGGAGGUGGUAAAGAUGGUAAAGACACCUGUAAAGGAGACUCUGGAGGUCCGCUGAUGACUCAGGUCUCUGGAUCAAAUUGGGUGUCGGUUGGUGUUGUCUCCUACGGGCCCCAAAACUGUUCAACUACCGGCUGGCCAGGAGUGUACACCAAAGUGUCUUCAUAUAUAGAUUGGAUACUUUCCAAGUUGAGAUUGUAA